GUAUACCCCUUAUACGUCCUUCUUUGAAAAGUUAUUUGAAGCUUAUUUAAGCUUCUAUUUAACUUUAAAAAACUAAAACUUGACGAUUUUGUUUACAAAUAAAAAUAAACAUGGAGUGAAAAAGAAUUUGUGAUUAGAUUGUUUGCAUUAAAACAUAUUUAUAUCUCAAGAGAAAAUAAAUUUUCAAUGGAAACUAUUCAGAAAGUUGUAAAGACUCCAACAAGAGACAGUAUUCAUGAAGACUCACACUCAUCAACACUUUUCAAGCUUUCAAUGCGUGACCUUUCAAAUGUUACUCUAAUUUUACCGCUCACUGGUCUUUUGAUAUGCUUUGUAACUGGAUAUGUUUUUCAAAGUGACGAAAUUCACGAGACACAUUGUCGAGUUUACAACAUAAUUCCAUCAAUCAGUUCUAUAACAGGAAUCUCCCCACAGCGCUACUUGUGGCGCUUAAUCAUCGCAUUGCAUAUCUCACCUCGUUUAGUUAUUGCAUACGUGCAUAAGAAUUAUCUAAAACACCAUGUCCUGAGCAAAAUCAUCGAUCCGAAUCAAUUGAUGCAAGCGACAAAGCUCGCCACCCUCGUGCAUUGGUUGACUUUGAUUGAGAUUUGUGCUUUGGCUGGCGUAACGUACAUUAGUAAUAAAGAGAAUUAUCCAAUGCAUGAGAAAAUAUUUAUAACAUUCAUGGUAACAUCGCUGCUAUACAUGUUGGUGUCACUAAGGUUGCUUAAGAUUCUACAACCAAAUGGACCAACAAAUGAACAAGAGAAGCGCUCGGUGUAUUACAAGAAAAUGUUUUUCGCCCUGUCAAUUGCAAGCACAGUUGGACUUAUUGUCUUUUUUCUUAAACAUCGCCUUCUAUGUCACGAUCUGGCAUUCAGUUGGUUUGCUUUUUGUGAAUAUCUCAUCGCCUUCAGCAACAUGGGCUUUCAUUGCACAACGACUAUGAUCGACUUUCCACCGAAUCUCAAUUUAUUGGUGAAGAAUGUUAAUGGACAUCUUACAAUAGGCGAAGAAGAGUCAACUGUGAAGAAAGAAGACUAAAAGUUUCCUCUUCUUGUCCUCCUCUGUCUCUCAAUCUUUCUCCACCUACCUAGUCAAUAUUUAUAUAUAAAAAAGAAAAUUUCUAGUCCAAUUAAACCUGAGGAAUAACCCACAAAAGUGAUUUUUAUCAAUGAUAAAAAUGAAAACAAACCAAAGGAAAGAUGAAAAAAAAAAUUAUUUUAUUUUUAAGACGACGAAGAUUUUAUCUUUUUUAACAUUAAAGCAUAUUUUAACAAAUAAUUCUCAUUUCUUUUUUCUGCUCGACAAAAGGUCAAUGAGCACAGAGUUUAGAGUUGGAAAUCAGAAAUUUCUUGUGCAACAAAUGUAAAAGUUGCGGUUGAUCUGGUUAAAAUAAAACUACAAAAAAAAUGAGUCAAGAAAGAAAUAAGAAGUUCUAGGUGCUAACUCAAUAGUAAAGUGAUGAAAAGGAAAAAAAAAUAAUAAAAGUAUUUGAUUGACAAUUGAAAAUAGGAAAAAAAAAUUUGAUAAAUAUCAUUGGAAAAUUUCUUUUUCACAUAUCAAACCACAAAAAAUGAAUUUUAAAAAUAUUCCGAUGAGAGGUAUUAAAAAAAUUAAAAAAAAAGUAAUUUUCCGAAGCUUUUCUUCCACUAUUUAUGCUAUUUUCCUUGCAUUCCUUAAUAAACCCACUGUUGGACCAUUAAAGAACUUAAUUUUAGUAGAAAAAUAAGAUUAAAUUAGUUAAAAGAUUAAAUUUAAUUUGUUAACUACUGUCGAAAAUAAAUUUUAUCAAUUAACGUCCUCAAAAUUUCUUUCAUCUUAUGCUAAAUAAAUAUAAAAAUAAUUAAAAUUUAACUUUCGUUAUUGAAUCUAUUUAAGUUCUUCUUUGUCUUCCGCUUUAUUACUUAAACUGUAAACGUUCAAUUCAAGCUUGCUAAAGAGCUUAUUAACAUCUACAUAAAUUUUCCAAAAUAUUUUCCCUCUCAUUCGGCACAUACAGACAACAUAUUUACAUAACUAGCGAUAAACAUAAUUCGCAAUAAUAAUAAUGACGAUGGAAAAUUAUUAAAUUUAAUGAAAGAAAUAGACAAAAAAGUUAUUUAAGUAGAGUUGAGAUCGUUAGCAUUUUCGGUAAUAAAUUCAUAAUUUUUUAGUGACACUAUGAAUGUGUAAGAUCCAAAUGAAGAGUUUAUAAAAUAUCUUUAGAAAAAAUCUAUUUUUUAUUCUUUUCAUGAAAUAUAAAAAGAAAAUAUGUAAGAGAAAAGGGAAAGAAGUGCACUGAGUUCCAUAAUAAAGAACGAAGUAUUUUCUGUUAAACGAUUUAAAUGCAGUGAUUUCAAAAUAUUGAAAAGAUUUCAUUAAACUGUUGUGUAAAUAAAUUUGCAGAAACGACAAACUUGAAGUUUCAAAAAGUUUGCGAAAGAAAAAAGAAGAAAAUAAAUAAAAAUUCCC